GUGUAGCGGACUACUUUCAGGAAGAUAAGCGGGCAUCUGUGAAGAUUCUGGAUGUUGCUGCUGGCACAGGGAUGUUAGCUGAACAGUUGUGGAAAAAAGGAUUUAGGCAACUAGACGGUCUUGAUCCAUCGCCUGGUAUGAUGGCUGAAGCAAUGAAGAAAGGCGUAUACACUAAUUACUACCUGGAGUUCAUGGAUGGACACACCAUUACCGAACUGGACACAGACACAUACGAUUGUCUGGUGGUAGCUGCUGGUUUCAACACAGGUUUAUUGCCUUCUGCUGCCUUACCGGAGAUGGUGCGACUUGUGAAGCCGGGAGGUGUGAUGUGUUUCGGAAUCCCCGACGCUCGAUUCACGACGGUAAAGGAAUACAUCAACAGGCUGGAACCUCUGAUGCAAUGGAUGGAACAGGAUGGGGCGUGGCAACUGUUGGACAAGAAACACUUCGAUGAUUUUUAUGACGGUGCAAAUCCAGGACUUGUCUUCAGAUAUAUAGUUCGUGCAUCUGAUAUCGAUGGAAAACAAUACAUAGAAAAGCUUUGUCACACACACUGACGUUCUUUCACUGAUGAAACCAGUGCUAUUAAGAAAUACACUUUUUAAGAAUCCUACCAGCUGUGGUAGUGGCCCUUGUAAUGUUAAUCCAAUUAUUGAUGCAACAAUAUGUGUCCAGUCUUUGUUAAAUGCUUUGCUGUCACUCUUCAACUACCCCUGCUUCUCGUUGUUAGUUGCUACUUUGUGAGUACCAAGCUUAUGCUGGGGACAGAUACUGUGCGAUUGUCCCUGUUAGGUUCCCUGUAUGUAGCCAUGGAAUGUAAAUCACAGUUUGCCAGGUUUCUGUUGCUCAUUUGUUUCAGCUUUUCUUAUUUAGUAACCAUGGUUCCUAGUUUGUUGAUCUAACAUCGGGUUUGGGGUCCAUUUAUAAUGUGGUGUUGAUUGAUAAUACUUUUACAAAAACAAUUAAAUGCUAUCAAUCAGUUUUAAGUUAUAGCUCUGAUAAUACAGUUAUUCUACUGUCCAUCGAUGACAGGCUUCUGAUUCUAAAUAUAUUUAGUAUUUGUAUUCU